AUGUUCCUAAGCCCGGGAGAGGGGCCGGCGGCUGAGGGCGGGGGGCCGGGGCCGGGCGAGGAGGCCCCCAAGAAGAAGCACCGGAGGAACCGCACCACCUUCACCACUUACCAGCUGCACCAGCUGGAGCGGGCCUUCGAGGCCUCCCACUACCCAGACGUUUACAGCCGCGAGGAGCUGGCCGCCAAGGUGCGCCUCCCCGAGGUGCGCGUGCAGGUGUGGUUUCAGAACCGCCGGGCCAAGUGGCGCCGCCAGGAGCGUUUGGAGUCAGGCUCGGGGGCCGUGGCAGCCCCGCGGCUCCCCGAGGCCCCAGCCCUGCCGUUUGCCCGCCCUCCGGCCGUGCCCCUGCCCCUGGAGCCCUGGCUGGGCCCCGGGCCCCCGGCCGUGCCCGGCCUCCCGCGCCUCCUGGGCCCGGGCCCUGGGCUGCAGGCGGCCUUUGGGCCGCACGCCUUCGGGCCAGCCUUCUCGGACGGCUUCGCGCUGGAGGAGGCCUCGCUGCGGCUGCUGGCCAAGGAGCACCCGCAGGCUCUGGACAGGGCCUGGCCCCCCGCCUGA